AUGAGUGCAAUAUUGAAAUUUAUUCGUGAAAAUCACAUAUUGGCUCUUAUUGAACAGGCCAUAGUAAAAAAGAAGUCCCGUUUGAGUUUGAAUGGUUUCGAAAUCAUAGAAAUACCGACCUUGCUUUACACUUGUUCUGAUGUUGAACAUCUUUACUUGCAUAGAAAUAAAAUUAAAGUGAUCCCAGUUGAUAUCACACAGCUAGUGAAUCUAACAACACUAACGUUAGACUAUAAUAACAUAAGUUGUUUGCCCCCGGAGAUCAGUAACUUGAAAAAUUUAGUGAACUUGAAUAUUAGUUAUAAUCCUCUGAAUGUCUUGAUACCGGAGAUCGGAGAAUUGGAGAACCUUGAAGCGUUUUGGUGCAACAAGAUUGGGUUACGGGAGAUCCCGAAAGAGAUUGGAAAGUUAGAGAAAUUGGAUACAUUUGGUGCUAGAGGCAAUGAGCUCAAAACCAUUCCAGAAGAGAUGACCAAAUUAUCAAAACUAAGAUGGUUGACUCUCGAGAACAACUGCAUAGAGACAUUGCCGGACUCCAUGGACAAAAUGGAAGCACUUGUCCACUGUAACUUAAGAAAUAAUCAAAUUCGGGACUUUCCGUCAUCUGUCCUUAAAUGCCCAGACCUUAUGUUCUUGCAACUCAAUAAUAAUCAGAUAGCGUUAUUACCAGAACCGUUUGACACAAGUUUCUUGUCAGUGCUAGAGAUGAUUGAUCUAAGGCUAAAUCCUAUCUGCGAAUUGUCACAUCCCGAACAUCCGCUGGUUCGUUACGCUGAGGAGCUGCCGAUACCAGACCCGGCGAUGAUAGACCUGAGUCAUCAGCCGUCCAGCAGUAGCCGCGGUCACGUUGGCCAGGGCCUGGCAAUCAAUGCUACCGCACUGCGUUUGCCAGCUGUGCCACAGGCCAGGCACCCUGAACCCCUAGUCUUGGAAAUGGACCUAGACGCUUCAUCGGUAGGCUCGUCAGAAGAUUGGGAGAAUAGCGUCAACAGUUCAGAGCUGGACGUUCAGUACCAGAGUGAUGAAGAACGGGCUGAGAAUGAGAUCGCACAAUUUUUCCAGGCCGUUGGAAUGGUGUUGCCAGAGUUAUCCCGGUACGCGUCCACUGCCAGCUGA